GGAGAUGCUAAAACAGUCCAUAAAGUAAACCAGUAAAUAGAGAAUCCUCUCCUGUCGUGGUUCUUUAGACGUUGGAGAGCUUUAGCUGCUCACACAGAUCUUAUAGACAUCUGGAUCUUUUAGCUCUUUAGGUCGUUUUUGUUGUUUUAUUUAACUUAUCAGAUGUUAAACUCCUAACUACACACUUUCUUCACUUCUCAGACAUACAUGGACAUUUUUAAAUCCAGGAUUAUAGAAUGGAAACUAAGAUAUGAUCGCAAUCACAUAUUUAUGUGAAUCUCAGGAUCUGCAUGUUUCAGCACACCAGACUGAGCAUGGAGGAGAGUGACAAAGUCUCCAGCCAAUCAGGAUGCAGAACAGGAUGCGCUGCUUAAAAAAAAAAGCAGCUACAUGAUUGCAGGUAGAGCAGGUAAACUGUAAUGUGGCUGUAGAAGACUGUAUUUUGUUCUCUUUGACAGAUAUUUGGGAGUGUUCACAUAGAGGUGCAGUAGAAGGGUGGAAUAAAAAGCCACGUUGAGGGUCUCAAUCAUGUGGCCAGGGGUCUGAGAGUUUUUUGGGGCUGGUCCAAAUGAGGAGGCAGGCCGAAUACUGCCCAGAGAUAAUAGUUUGGGGAUCACUGAUGUAGGGGAUCAGAAAACUCACGGUUCAGAUCAUGUCACGGUUUGGAUCAUUUUUCGGAUCAGGAAAAGUAAAAAAAAGGGGGGGGUGUAGGGUGAAACGGCAAAAAACCAGAAGAUAAAGGUUAAAUAUAUUUUUGGAAAUGAUUCAAAUUAUGUAUUUAGUAACCAUAUAAAGUACUUGUUAGGUUUAAAAAACCUGAAACAUUUCUCUGAAAGGAAGACAAGAGAGGGGUCAGUUCUUUAAUCAGAUUUUACUUGCAAUAGGAGAACAGACAGAGAAUGUUCAAACCAGUCUCCACCCGCUCUGAAGAUCUUGGUCCAGGCUUUCCAUUUUUAUACACUUUCAGGGGCUGUCUUAGUUAUAUUUACAUUUGCUGCUCUAAAGGUGUGGAAGGGAAAACAGCCUCAAACUGGUUCUACUAUCAUUAUUGUCUUAGUUCAAUGCAAUAGGUCUGCGUCAGCAUCUUUGAGUAUCUGUAACAUUUCAGCCUCCAGACAGCCUUCAGCUUAGGAUGACUGCAACCUUCCAGACACCAGCUGAGCACGACCUCAAAUGAGCAGAAAGAGAAAAGAGGUUAAAAUCAUGCAAAGCAAAUAUGAGAGAAAUGGAUGUACAACCCUAUCAGUACUUUACACACAAUAUUUAUAUCAUCAAACCCACUCAGAGAAGAAAACAGUGAAAGGCAAGUUUGGGGACCCCUGCUUUAAAAUGAAUUAUUUUUGUGUUUGUUUCCCUGCAGUCCUCUCUCAGCAUUGGGCAACUGAAGAGGAAGAUCUCUGCAACCAGCAGAGGAACUUCAGAGAGGAACAAGAGGAUCUAGAACCUCCACAGACUAAAGAGGAACUGAAGGAACCAGAACCUCCACAGAUCAAAGAGGAACAGGCGGAAACAGAACCUCCACAGAUUAAGGAGGAACAGGAUAAACCAGAGCCUCCACAGAUUGAAAUAAAACAGGAGGAACCAGAAACUCCACAGAUCGAAAUAAAACAGGAGGAACCAGAAACUCCACAGACUAAAGAGGAACUGAAGGAACCAGAACUUCCAUGGGUUAAAGAGGAGCAACAACACAUCUGCGUCAGUCAGGAUGAAGAGCACCUUGAUCUAAAGCAGGAGAUUGAUAUCUUGAUGGAGAUUCCUUCUUAUGAGGAAAAUACUUGCAGUGAAGCAGAUCUAAACAAACAAAAGAGCUUCAGUGUAACUGAGAGUCAGGAAGAAGAAGGAAACAAACAUGAAGAAUCAACAUCAACUACAGAUGGAGAGACAGAGCCACAGAACAGAGAUCAGAGAAAGAAAAGAGACAGAAGUCAUGUCCAAAGUGUGGCCAGCUCUCACAUGUCAGAAAGUCAGUGUGGCUCUGAUGUUAGAAAAAAAUCCAAGAAGGAAACUUCAGUAGAAAAGCACAAACACUCUCCAAAAGAAAAGAGACUUUCCUCUGUUAAGUCUGGUAAAGGAAAAAUCAUUUCACACAAUGUGUCUGCCCACAUGAGAGCCGAGUCUGAUGGAAGACCUCAUGUCUGCAAAGAAUGUGGUAAAAGUUUUAGUUACUUGUCCCAGUUAAAAUCUCAUAUGAGAAACCACACAAGAAAGAAGCCUUUUAGUUGUCAAGAAUGUAAUAGAAGUUUUAUUUAUAUAGGUGAUUUUAGAAGACACAUAAGAACUCAUACCGGAGAGAAGCCUUUUAGUUGUCAAGAAUGCGAUAAAAGUUUUAUUCAUAUUGGUGAUCUUAGAAGACACAUAAGAACUCAUACGGGAGAAAAGCCUUUUUGUUGUCAAGAAUGUGAUAAAAGUUUUAGUGACCGAUCUGGUUUGAGGAGACAUGUGAGAAUUCAUACAGGAGAGAAGCCUUUUUGUUGCCAAAAAUGUGAUAAAAGUUUUAGUCAUAUAUCUAAUUUCAAAACGCACAUGAGAACUCACACAGGAGAGAAGCCUUUUUGUUGUCACGAAUGUGAUAAACAUUUUAGUUAUAUAUCUCAACUCAAUAUACACAUGAGAACUCACACAGGAGAAAAGCCUUUUCAUUGUGAAGAAUGUGAUAAAAGUUUUAGUCAUGUAUCUAAUCUCAAGACUCAUAUGAGAACUCAUACAGGAGAAAAGCCUUUUUGCUGUCAAGUCUGUAAUAAAAGUUUUAGUGACCGAUCUGGUUUCAGUAGACACGUGAGAAUUCAUACCAGAGAGAAGCCUUUUUGUUGCCAAGAAUGUGAUAAAAGUUUUAUACAAAUAUCUGAUCUUAAAAAACACACAAGAAUUCAUACCGGAGAGAAGCCUUUUUGUUACAAGUUUCCGUCAAAUGUCUAAUACACACAUGAGGACUCACACAGGAGACGUUUUGUUGUGAAGAAUGUGAUCAAAGUUUUUAUCCUGCCUUUGGCCUCCCCAUGGCACACGACAAUUACCACAAAAGCAUAGGAAAUGACUGAGUUCAAUUAAAAUUUGAUUCAAGAUAACUUUAUCAGCGGGCUGCACGGUGGCGCA